ACAACCACAAACACCACAACCAUUGACUGGGUGCCUAUUGAAUCUCAAGGCAACAUUGCAACACCACCUGCUCCUAAAUCCGUCUACGCAGGAAAUGCCUCCAAGCUCGUCUCGGAGCUCCAACUGCCUGGUGCUCAACUUGGACCACCGGGAACUGUCCCAAUUCCGCAGGUUAGCACUAGCUACCUCGACAAUACUGCCUCUAAAGGACUGCCCGAACUUCGAUCGUCGAAGUCCAAGUCCAAAAGGCAGUACAGUGGCAAUCAUUGGUAUUCGACUUCUGACCAAAAUGUUGCCAAUAUUGGUGGAUCAGCUAUUUUCAGUCUAUUCAAGGCUUUCGUAAACAACAACGGAGACUUCUCGCUUCUUCAAACUGCUGUCACCAAGUCAGGCACAAAUGGAGGCCAGACGCUCGAGGCCGGAUGGAUCAAUUACCCCAAUCAAGUGUCCGAGCCCCACUUGUUCACCUACUAUACGACCGACGGAUACUCGUCCGAAGGCGACGACAUCGGAGGCUGGAAUCAAGAUUAUGCUGGCUGGGUUCAAUACGACAGUGAGAUCUUCCCUGGAACUGUUUUCACUCCCAAUAGUGUCGAUGGGGGUGACCAGUACGAAAUGGAAAUUCAAUACCUGCUCUACGAGGGCAACUGGUGGCUCUGGGUACUCGACCGAUGGAUUGGAUACUACCCCGCUACCCUGUUCAGCAACAACAUCUCGGGCGUCACUCUUGCAACCGGCUCGGAUGUCAUCUUCUACUACGGCGAGAUUUAUCAGAGCGAAGGUCCUCUCACCACUACUGACAUGGGUAGUGGAGAGUUUGCAGAGACGGGCUCUGGUCACUCAGCAUAUAUCCAUAAUAUGGUGUACACCGAUACCAGCGGAAAUUCUCAAGACUAUACUGCUGGCUUUGGAGACUCGGACUCGACCAGAUAUGACCACCAGAACGUGGUUUCCAGCGGCACGAGUUGGGGAAGUUACGUCUAUCUUGGUGGUCCUGGUGCGGGUGGGGUCGUGGGCGGAUAA